AUGCUAGAGCAGACUACUGAGGCCCAUACCAACAAGCUCACUGCAACAGACAUGGCAGUAGCCCGCCAAGGGGAAGUUUUACUGGCGAUGCGCAGACACAUGGAAGACCUGGACAAUAGGGGGCGAUGCUGCAAUAUAAGGACCCGCGGAGUACCCGAAAGUGAAGGGGAAGAAAAUGCAGAGGAAAUCCUCACAGAACUGUUCCAAACACUGCUCCCAGUGACUCCCCCCCAACGCUUCAAAUUUGAGAGAGCGCACAGGGCAUUAAGACCUAGAUCGCUAGAGGAUGGCCCGAGAGACUUGGUGUGCUGCCUGCACUCUUUUCCGGUGAAGGACUCCAUCAUAAGAAAGGCCCGCGAGAGACCUACAUGGCCCUACAGAGGAACGCAAGUCUCCUUCUACAAUGACCUCUCCCCCAUUACCUUAGAGGCUCGCCGGGCACCAGUAACAGCGGCACUACGCGACCACAAUAUCUUCCACAAGUGGGGGGUUCCGUUUGCCCUGCUCGCACGCCACCAAAACCGAUGA